CUACGUGAAUCAACCAAGCAGAAUGCAUGCAUCAGCCUCCCAGGAUAAGAACCGGAGGAAGCCAGGUCACGAUGAAGGUGCCCAAAAUCCUGACUACGAGAAUAUAACCUUGGCCUUCAGAAACAAGGACCAGCUCAAACUCAGCCAAUCAACACCCACAAAACAAGCCAAGUUCAAGACAUCCCUGGACACAGCCCAGUCCCCACCUUGGUUGUACAGAACCAUUAUGAUGUUGUAUGUUCUCCUCGCUCUCGUCUUUUUAUCCUGCAUCGUCCUCUCUGCUUUGGUCUUGGUGAAAAAUUCUGAGACAUCCAAGGAGCUGUGGACCUUGAAAGCAGAGCUUUCGAAUGUUUCAGACACCGUGUGGAAUAUCCGGGAGCUCCAGAGUCAGCAAACGAAGAUUUGGGAAGCUGCCCAGAGGGACAUCAAGGAGGUCAAGAAGACCCUUGGCACAGCCAUGAGCAGCAUCCAGACUGGAAACGACAGGCUGAAGACUGUGCCGGCAGACAUAACCCAAAUCAAGAAAACUCUUGAGGCGCUAGAGAAGAAGGCACAGCCUCAGCCCAGUACAUAAGAGGACGCCACAGCAGUACCUGUGAGGACUCCGAAUUGCACCUGCUAGUGAAGAUGGCAGAUGGGGGUGGGUACCGAGCUUGAGUGUGAACCUGCCGUGCAUCCUCGUAUAAAAAAGAUUCUCCGCCCGGGGGAAUGAGUGUUGAAGAGGUGUGUAUGCAAAUGAGCAUUUGGGGUUUCAUGUAUUCAAGGAGAAGGGUUUAUGGUGGAAAGAGAACAUGGCAUUCACAGCAGGUGUUACUCUUUAUGGGCCACAUAGGUGUACGCCCUGUAUAGGCGUGUCCUGGUUGGCAGCUAUUCCUGUGAAGUCCCCAAAGUGUAAGUGACAUGUAGGACAUGCCUCCCCAUUCUCUUGCUCAUGUAUGUGUGCGUCUGGCUGUUCUGUAUGUGUGUCACUGAAGUGGUGGGUGAUAGACAUCACCCUGGAGAUGUGUCAUGGCAUGGGCCAUUCCUAGUGUGCUUGGUCAUGUCAGCUUGUGUGUUCAGGGCAUGCACACAAAUGUAGCCAUCAAUUUCUGCACUUGUAUUUAUGAUUCAUGAAGAUAAUUGCCAAGGGAAAUGAUAUGACUCUGGAGCUGUUUUGGGGAGGCCUGUGGGACAGAACUUUGGGACCUGGUGGGGAGAUUGGAUUUAGGGCUUUGGUUUGGCGAUGAAACAAAACACCCAGCCCUGGAAGCCAGGCAUGGUGCAGCUGGACUGUAAUUCCAUCGCUAGAGAGGCUGAUUGAGAUAGGAGGAUCAUGAGUUCAAGGUCAGUCUGGCUACAAAAGUAGAGCUGGGGUGGGUAGUGAAAUGGCUCAGCAUGCAAAAUGCACCGAGGCAGAACCUGACCUGAGUUUCAUCGCUGAGGUCCACACAGUGGGAGCCCCACCUGCACACCAAGGUGCAUGAAAGACACAAUACU